UGCUCAUGCGCCCAUGAAGAGAUGCUGCUGCUGCUGAUCAGAGGUGUGCGCGCUGCGGCGGGCUUAUUUACAUACGUUCAGUCACACUGCAUCAUAGAAAAGCUCUGGCGCUGCUUAGGAAAUGGACUUUAUAAAGGGAUUAAUGUGUCUCUAUGUUUAUACAUCUCAAGCUCUAAAUUUGUGUCAUCAGUCCCACAAGCUGUUCCUCCAAACAGUGUGGAAAGGAUUUACACAGCCACAUUACUGAAGAAGAUUCUAUGACUUAUGCUACAUCUACAUUUUAACUGCGUGUCAGAAAUGCGCCCUUCCAUAAAGUGGUGCAUUAGGUGGGCUGUCUGCUUGUCCUUUAUUCUUGCACUGAUCCCCAGGUCCCGAGGAUCGACGCUGAAUUGUCACAAAAUGUGCAUAUGCGCCAGCAACAUCGUCAGCUGCUCCAAGAUGAACUUGACGAUGGUUCCAUCCGACUUGCCCAACUACACAGCUGUGCUUGACAUUAGUUUUAACGAGAUAACUGGACUUCGCGCACAAUGGACCAAGCACAAACUUCCCAACCUCCACAACCUCUUGCUCAGCCACAACGGUUUGUCGUUCAUCUCUUCUGAGGCGUUCAUUUUCGUAAAGCAAUUGCGCUACUUGGAUCUGUCAUCGAAUAACCUGCGACAGCUGGACGAGUUUAUUUUCGAGCCACUGAUACAUCUGGAGGUACUUCUGCUCUACAACAACCACAUCUCGCAGAUCGACCGAACAGCCUUCUCAGGCCUCAACAGCCUGCAGAAGCUCUACCUGAGCCAGAACCAGGUGUCCCGCUUCCCCCUGGAGCUCCUCAAGGACAAGAACCGACUGGACAAGCUGAGCCUGUUGGACUUUUCUUCCAAUCGGAUCAAAGUUCUCCCCAUUCAAGACCUCCAGGCACUGCCAGCCUGGAUCAAGAACGGGCUGUAUUUCCACAACAACACCCUCAUCUGCGACUGCGAGCUGUACAGUUUGAUGACUCAUUGGUAUAUCAGACGGCUCAAUUCAGCUGUGGACUUCAAGGAUGACCACACCUGCGUGCAUCCCGGCCCGGAUAAACGGGUGCUGCGUUUGUACGAUCUCAGCACUCAUAUGAACUGCAGCACGUUUAAAGAAACUGACCAAGAAGCUUAUUUGGAGCAGACGCUCACCCUCAGCUGUGAUACCAGACAUCGGAACAUGACCAAGACUUGGAUGCUACCUGGAAACAUUGUGGUGUCUCCUUACAAUAACCAGAGCAUUGUGUCUCUGAAAGAUGGCAACCUUGAGAUAAAAUCGAUACAACCUGAGGACUCAGGUGUGUACACUUGCUUUGCCGUGAGUGAAUACCUCAACGAAACACUCUAUGUGGUGGUCAAAGUCCACAACUUCACCCUCAAUGCCAACAGUGAGACCCUCAACACAGCUUACACCACUUUGGUGGGCUGCUUGGCCAGCGUGGUCCUGGUUCUUAUCUAUCUGUACCUGACGCCCUGUCGCUGCUUCUGCUGUCCCGACCAGGGCAAAAAGAACCAUCAUGAAGACAGCAUCCACUCCUCCAUGCUCAGCGCCACCCCGACGCACGAGGAUAUGGCAACCAAAGCAGAUUUCAGCAGGCAUGUGGCCUUCAUAGACCCCAAGGACCUGCAGGGACAGAACGGAAAGGUCAAUCCUAACGGAGAGGAAGAAGUGGAUGAGGAGGCCAUGAAGGGAAAAGGAAAGCGGAAGAAAUCAGUGGCAGCCUCGAUUAGUUCGGUCUUUUCUGAUACUCCCAUUGUAGUCUGAGGGAGGAUGUGUAUUUUUGGCUAGAGACAGUUCUUUGUUGUGGCUUUCUCGGAUAAAGAGACUAAAGUACACAGUUUGCCAUCCUCAGUCUUUGGCUGUUUUUGCAAAACCUUUCCAGCAUUUUAACCUGUAGCAAUUAAGUAUAUACUGUGAAAAGGUCUUGCCAUAUUAAUGGAAUCUAAACUUGGAGUGUUUAGAUGUUCCUGUGAGUUUAAGCCCACUAAGUAUGACUAGAGGUAGUCUGGGUGAACAACAAUGCAUUUUGCGAUUUCUCAGUGAUCAAGCUAGGAAGCUAGGUUGACAGACAUUAGAACAUUAAUACAUCCUCUAUAUAAUCACAUCAUAAGCAUGAGCUUUGCAAACUGCUAAUGUUAAGAAUAUAGCAUUGAAUGAAGCCCUUGUAGCUAAUCAUAUUUACCAUAUUUUAUACUAACUGACCAACCUUACCACUUUAUGUGAAGCCAUAUGCAGUUGGUCACUGCAGAGGAAAGCAAUGCACAACAGCAUUUGAGAGUAGUCACAGGAAAAUGAUGGAAAAGUAUCUGUUUUUUUAUGCAACAUUAGAAGUUGUUUUGAAUGAAAUUCAAAGAGUAAACAGCAUUAAAUGGUCACUUACAUGAAACUUCCUCCACCUUUAUAUAGCAAUGGAGAAAAUAAUGUCCUGGUAAAACUCAAAUGGCUGUUUGAAUCUAGACUCUUUAAGUUCAAUUUCAUCAGCAAUUUAUAAGUUUUAAUAUUGGAUAUCAAUAUAAAACAAAACUGUAAGAACUUACACAGUUCCAUUUAUAUGAAACUAUAUUUAAAUACAGCAGUUUUUCAAUGUAUUACCCUUCGCAUAAAAAAUGCAGAACACAUGCAUUUCAGCCGCUUGAGCUCAUCUGUCAUGACAACCAGGGAGUGACAUAUAACCAAAAUGCUAAUGCAAUCUUUUAAUAGAAUGACAUGUCCUAUCUGCCUGCGCUCUCAUCUUUAAAGCAAUGAUGAUUUGAGCUUGGAUUCAACAGCUAAAACAGUUUCGGAUACUCAGACCUCUUCUCACCCUGUGUUCAUCUGCACUUGUGGUGGCUGGAGUCAGUGCUGACUCAUUCAUUGUCAGAAUGGAUGUCAUUUUUUCAAGCCCUUAAAGCACGGAGGUAACCUUCAUCAGGGAUUUUUUUAAUUAUUUUUUAACCUCUAACCAAUUUUAAUUUAAACAUUUUCUGAAUGAAUUAAAAAUCAAGUAUGAAGUUUGAAUGAUUAGCCGAAUUCCCCUCAUGUUCUGGUAUUCUAAAUUAUUACUACAGGCAUACAGCAGUGAUCUCUCAAAGACCAAUAUUAUAUUUGCAUAUACAAUGGCAUAGGAACUUAAAGAGACUGCUAUGAAUCAUAAUAUAAUGCGUAAAGCUUGUUGGCUGUGCUCAAGGAAGAUGUGACUAGAUCCAUUCCAAGCAGAUAUCAACAUUGUCCUGGUGGACUGUUCUAGAACACCAGUCAAUGAUGUUAGAAAACCAUAGGUGGAUUUAGAACGUCCCGUGCAAUGCAAAAUAGCCGUCAAUAGAACCCUUAAUACUGAGAAUGGCACUUCCAUUCUUCUGUUCCCGAAAAGAAAUCGGAAUCAUCUCACAUGUUAACCAUAACCACAUAUUUACAACGGGGUCUGGUUGGGAUCAGCGGGAGCAAUUUUAGUUUCCUCCAGCCUCUUUCCCUAGUAACAUCGUAAUUACAUCCUGUUUUGCGAGCGAGGGAGUGGGUGAAGCUAUUAAAUGUUUGAUAGGUGGAUGAACUCACAAACAGUAUUAUCUCAGGGAGAGGGAAUGACAGAUAAUAGCAGCUAUGGCAGACUGCAGUCAUGGUCUCUUACACGUCUCUCCAGCUGCAAUCCAAAAUUAGUGUGGAGGGGAGGAAAAGGCCUUACCAUCACGAGUGCUGUGGGAGGAGGCCUGAGAUCUCUGUGGUUCACAAAGAGACAGAAAAGCCAAAUACUCCCCCUAAACCACAUCCAGCAGUUUUUCACCCCUGUUGUGUGUGUUCUUCUGAACUGUGUGUCCUUGGCUAUUUUGCUGCGAGCAGAGUUCUUGUGAAAGAACACUGUUCAUUACUCAGCAUUUAACAGUACACCAGUGCUUUUGUUUGUGCAAACAGUGUUUGUUUUUACAGUGUUUAUGAGAUCGUGUCAUUUUAGGUAGCUUUUUUCCCGUUGAGGUUCCAAAGAGUCUGAAUUAAUUCCUUGUUCUUCUGUGUAUUGUUGUUCUUAUACAGUUGUCUAGAUUCAACUUGUGACUAUAGGAUAUUGGUAAACCUGUUUUAAUAACACUGACUGUAAAGGUC